AUGGCUUGCAGAGUUAAACAAAAUAUUAAAUUUUUUACUAGAGAAUUUAAUACUCUAAAAUAUUUGCUAAUUGAUAACCAAUAUCUAUUGAAACAAUUUGGGAUUGCUUUAUUCAAUAAUAGAACUCAGUUAAUAACACAACUCAAUGAAAAAAAGCAAUUCAAAUUUGAAAAAAUCAAGUCAGAAUUCCUUAAGAAGAAUAAUUUAAAAAUUGGUAAGAAUUGGUUUUUCAAUUUUACAGAUAUAAAAUUUCCCAGUGAAAUACAAUGGUUAUUGUCUCUGAGUAAUAAGUUUUCCUUACCAAUACAUCAACAUAAUUUUCCACUUUUCCAAACUAUUUGUGAUAUUGAAGAUUGUAUACGUUUAGUUUCUGAUGAGAAAGAGCGAGAUGUUAUGAGAGCACGUAUAACUAACAUUUUAAUGUCUAAUAACAUUAAUAGAAAUAAUUUCCAAUAUUCAAGGAAUAACAAAGACAUCAUAAUUUCACAGUUCAUCACUAAAACACAUGAUGAUUGUAUCCAAUUCUUACGUAAAAAUAAACAUAUUAUCAUCAUCCGAGCUGAUAAAGGAGGAUCUACAGUUGCACUUAAACGCUCCGAAUACGAAGAAAAAAUGAUAAGUAUUCUUAACGACCAGUCUACUUAUAUUAAAGUUGAACGUAAUCCUCUUAAUAAACUAGAAACUGAAUCUAAUAACUUAAUUCGACAGCUCUUUAAUCUCAAUGUUAUUGAUAAAGCACAAUAUCAACAUAUGACUAGACACAAUGUGUCUAUUCCCAGAAUUUAUGCAUUACCGAAAGUACAUAAAUCUAACCGUCCACUGCGCCCAAUUGUAUCAACGAUUGACAGCCCUUCAUCUCAGCUUGCAAUCUAUUUGAACACCAUAUUGAGCAAAAUUGUACAUAAGAAAUAUGAUAUCACAAAUAGUGUAGAAGCUCGAGAAAAAUUAACUAACAUUAUUGUUGAAAAUGAUGAAGUUCUCGCUUCUUUUGAUGUGAUUUCACUUUUUCCAAGUAUUCCAAUGGAUUUAGUGAUUAGACUAUUAGAAACCAAAUGGCAUCUUAUCCAACAAUAUACAACCAUGCCUCAAUACCUUUUUUUAAAAAUUAUACAUUUUGUACUAAUUGAUUCGACAUAUUUUUUGUUUAAAAGAGAUAUAUACAAACAAAUUAAUGGAUGUGCUAUGGGCUCAAAUAUUUCACCUACCAUCGCCAACAUUGUUACAAAUGAAAUCUUUGAUGUGACAAUUCCCAAAUUAUCAUUUAAACCUAGAAUUGUUUUAAAAUAUGUUGACGAUAUUUUCACCAUUGGGUCAAAAGAUAAAAUCCUUGAAUUUCUACAAUUAUUAAAUUCAUUUCACAAUCGCAUACAAUUCACUGUUGAACAUGAAUUUAAUGGAAAACUUCCCUACCUAGAUUUAUUAAUAUCUAAGAAAAAUAAUCGAGAACUAGCAAUUGACUGGUACCAGAAAGAUGUAUUCUCAGGUAAAAUUCUUAACUAUUUAUCACACCACCCACGACAACAAAAAAUGAAUGUGAUUUACAACCUUUUUUCCGCAUAUUUUCUAUAA